AUGCGUCUCUCCUGGGUUCUCGUUGGCGCUUCGAUCGCCUUGGCCAAGUCGCACAAAGACCACAAUUUCGAGACGUUGGUCACUUUCGGCGACAGCUACACCGACAACGGCCGGCUGGGCUACUACAUCAACCAUGGUGGGAAGGCGCCUCGGCCGGGGACGAUGCACGACGAGACGACCACAACGGCGUCGGGUGGCCUAUCAUGGGCCCAGUUCGCUGCCAGGGAUGCUGGAGCUACGCUGAUGGAUUACGCCGUCAGCGGUGCCGUCUGCUCCAACCAGAUCGUCUCCCGGUACUUCGACCUCAUCAACCGGACCUUCCCGGCCAUCCUCGACGACGAGAUUCCGUCCUUCCAGGCUGACGUGCUCUUCAAGUCGCUCUACCCGCACCGCACUGCCGAGAACACGGUGUAUGCCGUGUGGAUCGGCACCAAUGACCUGGGCUGGGGCGCUUUUCUGUCGGACUCGCAGACCCCCGGCAAGACCAUCAGCGACUUUGUCAGCUGCGUCUUCUCCGUGCUCGACCAUGUCUACAAGACGGGCGGACGGCGCUUUGUCAUCCUCAACACGGUGCCCCUGGAGCUGGCCCCGCUCUAUGCGCUGCCCGAGAACGGCGGCACGCUCGACUCGCAGUACUGGAACACCAAGACCAAGUAUAACAUGACCGAGUACGGCCAGAAGAUCCGCGAGUACUCGACCAGCGUCAACACCAUGCUGGAAAACGGCGCCCUUGUCAUGGCGUCCCUGAAGAAGCGCUGGCCCAAGGCCAUGGUCGACGUCUUUGACGUCCACAGCCUGUUCAACGACAUCUAUAAUGCGCCCACCAAGUACCUGGAUGCGCCGCACAAUGUCAACAGUUACUACCAUCAGUGCGGACCGGCCGGCAGCCCGUGCACUGACCAGCCCGGUUCUCUGAAUGGGUAUAUGUGGUAUGACGAGCUGCAUCCCUCCAACAAGACCAGCUCCAUCGUUGCACGGAACUUCCUCGACGUGGUUGCUGGAAAGUCCAAGUACGGAACGCGCUUCCAUUAG